AUGACAAUGCUUUACAAUAAGCACUCUGACUUAGAUUAAAUAGAUACCACCUUUUAUUCCACUAAUGAUGAUGGUACAAGGAAUUUCAAAUUAGUUGAUAGUUUAUAACUUGGAAUAGUUCCUCAAAGCUUGAGUGACAUCUUUAAUUUUUCUUACGGUGAUCCCUUUGAUCCAAAGGUUCCUUGGAGAAACCCAAUUGAGAGAGAAGUCAUAGAGAUCUUGGGUAAAUUACUGGGAUUUGAGGAUAUGUCAGGCUAUGUGACUUCCAGUGAAUGCGAAGCAAACUUUUCAUGCUUAUGGUGGUGCAAGUUAAAUCUGUUAAUGCAAUCUAGAAAUAGAAUUAAUGAGUUAAAACUGAUGAUUGAAAAUUCUAAAAUGUAAUCAAAGGUGCUUAAUGGCGUUGAAGAUAAAAACAAGAGAAAUUCUCUUUUCUAUAAAAUCUAUUAAUUAAAAAAGUAACUCAAAAUAAUUGAGCAGCCUGUAAUUAUUUGCUCUAGACCACCUUUCACAGAUGUAUCAAUAAUCAGAGCUGCAAAGGCCUUAGGUCUCAAAACUUGCUUUGUUGAAGUAAAUGAGGAUGGUUCGAUGAAUACUUAAUCUUUAAAAGAGAGAUUAAGUGAUUUUCUUUAAUAUUAAGCUGUUAACUUUAUCGUCAGUUUAAAUCUUGGUACUUAAAUAGGUGGGUCUUUUGACAAUUUACUCAAUAUACGAAAUAAGAUAAAUGAAAUCUUAGAACACAAGUACUCAAAUGAAGUAGAUAGCCAAGAACUUAAUUAUAAUGAGGAUAAAGCAAUUGGGGUUAAUCUUUGCGAGAAUUGGAAAUUUGUUUAUCACGGGGAUGCCUUACUCUAUGGAUUGACUUUACCGAUUUUGAGAUAACUUGGAGAAAAAACUUUAAGAGAAAAUGGUUUAGAUACUAUCUCUGUUUCUUUGUGCAAAUUUCUAGGAAGUCAAAUUCCUUCUGCUGCAGCAAUAACAUACAAAGAUUUUACAGAUAAUGCAUUUAAAGAUGAUAAUUUUAUCGAGUAUGUUUCGAUCACCAACUUGUGCAGUGCAUAUCUUGAAAACUUUUUAAAUUCAUCAAAGCCUAGAUACUUUGAAGAAUCUUAUUGA